CCGUCCCGUAGCUUAAGUAGUACAGGUACGGUUCGGUAAUUCUUUCAAUUUUCAGGAUUGGAAUGCUCAGCAACUGAGCAUUUAUCAAAAUUAUUGUUGGGCUUUAUUCAUCUUUCACAUCGUAGAGGCAUUUUCAUCAGUCUUUUCUUCUAUUUUAUUUUAGCGAAAGUGGUUGCGAAAAGUCCAAAAACAUCGACACCAAGAAUUAGGACGUACGGUUUGAUUCGGUUACAACUACAAUAUUCCUUCGGUUCAUUUCCACCAGCUUGUAUCGAUCCUUUGAUCCUUUGUUUUAGUUGACCAAAGAUGAGUGACACAAUCCCAACACAACUAAUGUCAAUGUACAGUGACAGCAUCGUCAACAUUGUCAAUGAAGAACCAGACGUUGCAGAUAAAAUGCUUUCCAAGGAAUUACUCCGGAUGUCGUUGAAAGAGCGCAACGCCAUAGAAGAAGAAGUUCAUGGCGUUGGAACCACUGCCAUAGAGGAAACACCAGAUCGCGUACAAGAAUCAUUGCGAUUGCUUGCUUUUGAACUAGACGAAAAAAUACCACCGCAUCGAAAGAUAGCUUACACGAAGAGCCAAACCAUUCCCGACACAUAUGUCAACACGAAGAGUUUUCGAUUGAGAUUUCUCAGGAGCACGCAUUUCGAUAGUACCCGGGCUGCACAAAAAAUUGCCAAGUUCUUGGACGUCGCGACACACUUGUUCGGGAACGACCUCUUGAAACGACCGGUACGCAUUACCGACUUUUCGUGUAACGACCUGCGGGAUUUGCAGAAGGGAAGACUGCAACUUCUACCUUUUUUGGAUCGCAGCGGGAGAAGGAUUUUCGUGUUCUUUCCCGACGAGGUAUGGGAAGCAUUCGAGGCCGAAACAAAGGUACGGUAGUUCAGGCUCAACGGAAUGUCUCAGUCUGAUGCGACUUACUGGUUAGAGUAUAUGACUCACGCAAUUUUUUGAUUGAUCCUGCAGGCAAGAAUAUCUCUUUAUUUAUCGUGGACCGCGGGAAACGACGUUGAAAUCCAGAGACAAGGUUUAGUGUUUGUAGUUUGGAUCGCGGAAGAAUUCAAAAUAACAGACGGUGGAUCGGUACUGGUUAGAGACAAAGAUUAUCAUACAGUUAGAGCAUCCGCUCUCCACAUCUGUUGUCCAGACACUCCAUUCCAUCGAUUUCGAAGAGCAGUCAUCGCUAUGAGAGUCGGUGAGUUCGUUAGAACUCAAUCGAGGGUGCACCUUGGUACGUCACUGCGUUCUUCUUCUGUUAUGAAAUGGGUGCUUUCAAACGAACUCUUCCGUUCCAUGCGUUUCGACCUGGUUCCUCUCACAGUCUAUCGUUGACAGGCACCUCCGUGGAGCUCCUAUACAGGCUUCAAAGCUAUGGGAUACAGAGCGAGCAAAUUCCGAUCACUUGCACUGGUGUGGUAAAGACGAGCAACAACGACAAAUGGGUACGCGUUCGGCGCGCUAUAGAGGCUUCCGAGUACGACCAAGUCAAGGAUUCUGCUAUCGGCGUCAUUUAUGAAUUCCCAAAGUUCAAUGACGUGGUGUUUCGCACGGGUACCUCGAGCAGGUCCCACGCAGCAAACGCGAGAUUCCGGACCAUGGUGCAGUCGAAACUCGAAGAAAAUGCGAGGGGAUACAAGAACGACGAAUCGGUGCUCAAACGAAAGGACAUUAUCAAAUUGAUCAUCGACGAAAUCAAGGCCCAGGGCGGUCGAUUUUUGGUGUGGAACGACAUUGGUGGGUGGAACCAACUGGUGGACGAGAAAAUAAUCUUUGCCAAGAUAACUCAUCUGAUGAAAGAAAUACAAAGAGCUGCCCCGAAGCCGGACCGAACGACGAAGAUGACACCGAGUCUUCAGAGUGACACGGCAACCUUUUCAAAUGCGAAGCAUGAGCAUAGAUCCUGCACCUCACCAAUUUGCGGCACUGGCGCCAAGGAUUCGAGGCUGUUUUAGCGGCAAACACAUUGAAAGCAAAGCCACAGUUGUUCUUCUCGGGCUUUUGCCUGUUUCAAGGGUUGGCAUAUGGAAUCUGAAUCACUUCGGUCAAUACUAGAAAAUAUAUCAGAAAAUGAGAAUAACUUUAGUUUCUAAAC